GGCGGAGCGGUGCGCGGCGGGGCGCCGGUCUCGCUCGCAGCGGUGACGUCGCGCCGCGGCGCCGGGGCGCGAUUUGCAUGCGGUUUGCGUACGGUUCGCAUGUGAUUUGCAUGCGGCGCGGCGGCUCGCAGCCAUGUCGGCGGCGCCCCGGCACGGCGGCCCCACGCGGGGCAGGGCCGGGGCCCUGCGCGGCGGCGAGAAGCAGUGCUCGUGGGCUUCCUACAUGACCAACUCCCCAACCCUGAUCGUGAUGAUCGGCCUCCCCGCGCGCGGCAAGACCUACGUGUCCAAGAAGCUCACCCGUUACCUCAACUGGAUUGGGGUGCCCACCAAAGUGUUUAAUUUAGGAGUGUAUCGCCGGGAAGCGGUGAAGUCUUACAAGUCCUAUGACUUCUUCAGGCACGAUAACAAAGAAGCCAUGGAAAUCCGCAAACGAUGUGCCUUAGUGGCUCUGGAAGAUGUGAAGGCUUAUCUCUUGGAGGAGUGCGGGCAAAUAGCUGUGUUUGAUGCAACCAACACUACUCGAGAAAGGCGGGACCUGAUCUUAAAUUUUGCUAAGGAGAAUGCUUUCAAGGUGUUUUUUGUGGAGUCUGUCUGCGACGAUCCAGAAGUCAUUGCUGCCAAUAUCCUGGAGGUGAAAGUUUCCAGCCCCGACUACCCAGAGAGAAACAGGGAGAACGUGAUGGAUGAUUUCCUGAAGAGGAUUGAGUGCUACAAGGUCACCUACCAGCCCCUCGAUCCCAAUGCGUAUGACAAAGAUCUUUCCUUCAUUAAAGUGAUCAAUGUGGGACAGCGGUUCCUAGUAAACAGAGUCCAAGAUUACAUCCAGAGUAAAAUCGUCUAUUACCUAAUGAACAUUCAUGUCCAGCCACGUACCAUCUACCUUUGCCGACAUGGUGAGAGUGAAUAUAAUCUUGUUGGCAAGAUUGGUGGGGAUUCUGGUCUGUCACCACGUGGGAAGCAGUUUGCUCAGGCGCUGAAGAAGUUCAUCGAAGAGCAGGAAAUUGUUGAUCUGAAGGUGUGGACGAGCCAGCUGAAAAGGACGAUCCAGACGGCCGAGUCCCUGGGGGUCACGUACGAGCAGUGGAAGAUUCUCAAUGAGAUCGAUGCUGGUGUAUGUGAAGAAAUGACCUAUGCAGAAAUUGAAGCCAAGUAUCCAGAUGAGUUUGCGUUGAGGGAUCAAGAGAAAUACCUUUAUCGCUAUCCUGGAGGAGAGUCCUACCAGGACUUGGUCCAGCGCCUGGAGCCGGUAAUUAUGGAGCUAGAACGGCAAGGCAACGUCCUCGUUAUCUCCCACCAGGCGGUUAUGAGGUGCCUGUUGGCUUAUUUUCUUGACAAGAGUGCAGACGAGCUGCCCUACCUGCGCUGCCCCCUCCACACCAUCCUCAAGCUCACGCCUGUUGCGUACGGUUGUAAAGUAGAGACGAUCACCCUGAACGUGGAAGCCGUGAACACUCACCGUGACAAACCCUCUCUGAACUCAAGGAUGGCCGGUUUAAAGGUGUAGAGGUUUGUGCUCCCAUCUCCAAUUCAGCUGGGAUUUCUGUGGCCGGGAAGAGCCCUCGGACGGGACUCGAGCACCCCUGGAGCACAGUGAGCUGCGCGCCGCUUCGGCCAGUAUUUUCCUCUCAAAUAUGUUUUUAGAAUCUGUCUGUGUGUAUUUUCUUUCCAAAUGCUGACAUAUCUGUCCAUGAGAUUGAAGAAAAUUUAUUAUGGAGAUUUUUGAACCUGCUUUUAAUAUGUGAGCUAACAUAUCUCUGGGCUUUCUGAGGCGUUAAAAUAUGUCCCGCAUCUUUCCUCCUGGUUGGGUGGCAAAAUUAACCGCAGCGUAUGCGAGGACAAGUGGUCGUAUCCAUACUCGCCGAAGCAGCUUUUCUUUGAAAGACACGUUAUCAGACCAAAUCCCCAGGUUUUUAUUUACCCAUUUCCAAGUUCAAAUGCAGUUAUUGUGUUAUUUAACCAUUGAAAUUGCUCCAGGUAUACUUGGCUUUGCUUUCAUGACUGCUGGUUUGAAAACACCCCCCCCAAGCUGAGGCCGUCCCUUUGCUCUGGGAAGGCUUUUGCACAAGGUGUAACGCAAGGAACCCGUCAGGUCAGCAAAUCCCGAGGGGCAGAAGGGAGUAAAAGCUCUGACGCUGGCACCAGCGUAGCUACCAGUGCUGCUGAAUCUGAACUCAAGUCCUGCUUUAGCUUUGCUCCCUGAUCUAAGCCUCCUCCUCUCACUGAUUUUUAUCUUUUCCCCGGGUUUUAUGGAUGCUUUUCUCUAUUAAAACAGGAAAAAAUCAGAGCACCGCUUCCCUCGGUGUCUGGGAACAGCGGGGCUGCAUGUGCAGGAUUUACAAGUAGCACAUGAUUUUUACCAGUUUUCUUUUUAACGUACCAAAUUUUAGGCUCACAAGAAGUUUUAAACUUGCCUAUAAAUAAGCUGUGAAUGUUACCGAAGUAUAAUGCUGCCUUUAAGUUUAAGCUGCUUUAGUACUUAGUGCACAGACGGUGAAACUCCCCUGUGGCGCAGCGUGUGAUGGCUGCGUGUUACUUAAUCCCCACCGAAACCCCAAACUUACAGUUUUCUCCCACAAGUCUUGACUUGUGUUUUGCCAAACUCCGUUUUAUCCCACUCCUGUUCUUGCAAAAAGGGCAAAAUCCUCAGGUUGGAUGAAGAAAGGAGCAUUUGUGUACAAAGCGGGAGCCUGUUCUGGGCCUGUUUCUAGUGACUCCGGGAUUUAUACGAGCAACUUCUGGGACCCAAGUUGCUUAUUUUAAAUGAGUAAAAAAACGUUGGUCGUACCCACAGCGGGGAUCUGUGCUUGAGACACAUCGGCGCCCUGGCUGCAGAGGAGCUCAGCAGCCCGGAAGCCUGAGGUUUAUGUGGGGAUUUUGAGCUCAAACCCAGUUGUUUUAAACACUCCCAGAGCUUUAAUUUGAUAAAGCUGAAAAGAUGUCCAUGGCAAAGGCCCAGGCUCUAAUUCUAACCCCUUAGGAUUUACGUGGAGGAGACGCGUGUGUUGAUCUAAAGCAGUUGUGCCACGGAGAGAGGAAAACCAGUGGUUGAGGAACUGAGUUUUAUUAGUUUUGUUCCUCGGGCUGUUUCCGCCAGGUUUGCUGCAGCCUCCUGCAAGAGCAGCGCCGUCUUUUCUUCUGCUUUAAAUCUUACAGUGCUUAGAAAUAAGCCCAGAAAAAAAAAUAGAGGAGUUGGGGGAAGUUGAAGGAAGAGAUUUAGAGCCUGUUGCCGGGGAAUACUCGCCGUCACUCUCCAGUAACGCUCUGAACGCACAAACCUGCGCCGCAUCAGGCUGGCUGCUCCUGCCGAGAGACCCCCGGCUCUGCGGGGGAAAAGGAGUAGAAACGUACUGUAGGAUGUUUACGCACACUCUGAUGUAAUUACUUGCGAAGGAGUUAAUAAUAUUUGUAUCAUUGGGUAGUUAAUGGUUGUAAGGAGACAAAAAUGUAUUUUUACCCGCCAGGAUUCAUGAAUGUAGCUGCUAAUAUGUUGGCGGUCAUAAUUUUUUAAUCACUGCUAAAAAUCAGGCCUGCAGGUUUGGAUCACUGGCUGUAGGCCCCCUACUCCUAUCGAGUGGGUCCCUGCUUUGGCCGUGGCCUGCCCGGCCGUGGGACGGAGCCUCUCGGCCGUCUCUGCAGACGGCAGCAUUUGUGCCUCAGCGCUUUUAAUUAACUAUAGCUUUUUCCUCCCGCAUUUUAACUUUCAAAAGGUAAAUAUGUGUGUCUAGAGCAGAGCAGCAGCAGAUUUGUGAUCAUCGUUGGUGCCGUGCAGGUGAAUCAUACCUGAUGUGACAGGUCCCGGGGUCCUGCCGAGCCCCAAGCUCUUAGGGGUGGCAGGGCUGGGGCGAUGCCAGUGAGCCCACACAUGUCCCCAGCCCCAUAUGGGCUGGUGGGUCCCCGUGCCAGGUAUUUCCUUGAAAUCACCUGAUUUCCUUGGCACCGUGCAUGCAAAUACCCCAGAAUAAACAGUGAUUGCACAAUGUGCCUGAACUGCGGAUCAGCAGCGGCUCGUGCUGUCAGUGGGACCGGAGCUGCUGUCUUGGGGCAGUCGGAGGUGGUGAACGUGGAGGUGUGGAAGUCAGCUCGGUGCCUUCGUGAGCAUUGCACCACGAGUGGGGGUUUUUCUUUAUUUCCCCUGACUUCCUCUCCACUUCUGUCAGCAGAGGUGGUGGCGGCUGCUGUCACCUUCAGUGAGCAGUGGCAGGGCCACCCGUGGGACCCGCGUCGCUGCCCCUGAGCUGCAGUCCAGGGGCUGGCUGCCCCAUCAGCCGUAUGGGUCAUUUUAGGCAGAAGUGAUUUGAUUGCUCAGGCAAAAUCUGUUCCAACUCUAUUGCCAGUGAUGGGGAACAGGCUUAAAAAUCAGCCCAGGUAGCUUGAGUUUGUGCUGGCUGUGACGUCGGAGCAGCCACCUCUCUGUAAGCCGUCCCCUUCCCGGCAGCUUGGCGGUGGGUGAUGGGGAAAGGCAGCGCAGCCGCCCUGGGGCCGCGGAGCAGCCCUGGGAGGAGAGGCAUCGCUGCCAGCGCUUCCAGGAACCGCCUGCCCCGGGGGUACCUCCCAAACUCCCACCCACGCUCCCCUGAAGGGCGCUGGGCGAGCCCUGCCGGUGCCACCUCUGCUCUCCUGCUGCUCCUCUGUCUCUCUGAGCUCUGUUUGCAAACUGCAUCUCUGUAUUGAGUGUUUUUUGAGAUGGAUGUUACGUGUCCACUUGCAAUUUUGCUACUCUGCUGCUUUCUAAUGGCUUUUUUAGGUUUUUUAAAAAAUGCAUUGUAUGUGAACAUGUGCCGCAUGUUGUGUACCCUGUGCACGUGAGCAUAAAUAUCCCGUGAGCAUUUAUUUACAAUAAAGAGAUUUUAAAAGAAAA